UUCGCUUUUAGCUGUCUGAUGUUUAAUGGCUGUGGUGUCUCGUCUGGAUUGAUUGUGCUACCGUGAAAACGUCUCGACAAUCGAUUAUCCCCUCGGUGCAAGCCAGUUUGAAAAGACGCCGUACAGAAUGGCGAACCCGGCCGAACCGUUCACGCCGGCAGUUGCCUGUACGCCUGUCGUCAAAGUCGAAAUCAGCGUGUCGUGUAGGCAACUCAAGCUGAAGGAUGUCUUUUCCAAGUCUGACCCCAUGUGUGUUUUGUUUAUGCGGUCUUGUGACACUGAUCAGUGGUGGGAGGUGGGCCGCACAGAAACAAUCCGUGACUGCCUCGACCCUGACUUUGUGACAAAGUUUUUGGUAGACUAUUACUUCGAAGAACGUCAGCAACUUGAGUUUAAAGUGUAUGAUGUUGACAGCAAGAGCACAGACCUCCGUAGUCAUGAUUUCCUUGGCCAGGUGAACUGCACGCUGGGAGAACUUGUCGCCCACCAGGGCACACAGGUCAAGCUCCAGCUGUCGGGACUGCCAGGCAAUUGCGGCACCAUCUUAUUGACUGUUGAGGAAGUGCUUGACUGCAAGCGGGUGAUCGACAUGCACUGGCAGGCAAAGAAGUUGGACAAGAAAGACUGGUUUGGCAAGUCGGACCCUUUCCUGGAGUUCUACCGUGUCAGUGAGGACAACAGCUACACGGCCGUGUUCCGCACUGAGGUGGUCAAGAAGAACCUGAACCCAACGUGGCGCCCGUUUACCAUCCAGAUGCGCCAGCUCAGUGGUGGUGACGAUGACCGUACCAUACGGGUGGCCUGUUACGACUGGGAUUUGGGAGGAGGCCACGACCUCAUCGGGGAGUUCCACACCAACGUGCGCACCCUCUCUGAGGGGCCGGGCCCAGCAAACUGUUACGAGCUGAUCAAUAAAAACAAGCAGGCCAGGAAAAAAAGCUACAAGAACUCGGGGUUGGUGAAGUUGGUGUCUUUUUCGAUCCGAGAACAAGCCACUUUCCUGGAUUAUGUUCGUGGCGGCCUGCAGAUGCACUUCACGGUAGCGGUCGACUUCACGGCCUCCAACGGAGACCCCCGAGACCCCGCCUCCCUGCACUUCCUGGACCCAGUGCGGCCCAAUGCGUACGCAAUGGCCAUUCGUGCAGUGGGAGAGGUCAUCCAGGACUACGACUCGGACAAGAUGUUCCCUGCUCUGGGCUUCGGAGCACGGCUGCCACCCGACGGGCGUGUGUCGCAUGAGUUCUUCCUCAACGGAAGUGCCACGGACCCAUACUGUGCGGGCAUACAGGGCGUCCUGGAGGCCUACCAGAGGACCCUCCAGUCCGUUCAGCUCUACGGCCCCACCAAUUUUUCGCCUGUCAUCAACCACGUGGCAAAGUUUGCAAGAAGUUAUAGCGAUGGCCAAAGCUAUUUUGUGCUGCUCAUCAUCACUGACGGUGUUAUCAGCGACAUGCCACAAACAAGGGAGGCCAUUGUCCAGGCUUCUUCACUGCCAAUGUCCAUCAUCAUCAUAGGUGUGGGCAAUGCCGACUUCUCAGCCAUGGAAGUCCUGGAUGGAGAUGAUGUACAGUUGAGCUCCGGUGGCCACCGGUCUGAACGAGACAUCGUCCAGUUUGUGCCCUUGAACAAGUUCCUUCAAGGUGCCGGCACCUGGCAGAGCAAGCAAAUGCGGCUCGCCAAGGAGGUGCUGGCUGAGGUCCCUGUGCAGGUCACUUCCUACAUGUACAAACACAACAUAAAGCCUGUACAGCCGGACAAUGCUACCCCUGUAACCUAAACGUGCUCGUAUUCAGGGUGUCAAUGCUGCAAAAAGAAACUAUUACUUUUCUCAAAGAGGAACAAAGUCUGCACCGGUACAGGCUCUGUUGUUAUGAUUGGUUUGACAGGGUCCGGAACCAAGAUAACCUGGUACACAUUGAAAAUCUGAGGGUCAAGCUGUGUUAUUCAUAAGAGAUGCUACGACCUGCCAUGGUGGUCUAGUGGUUACGGUGCUGCUGACCCGCAGGUCGCGGGAUCGAAUCCUGACUGCGGCGGCCGCAUUUUCGAUGGAGUCGAAAAUGCUCGAGGCCCGUGUGCUUAUAUUUAGAUGCACGUUAAAGAACCCCAGGUGGUCGAAAUUUCCGGAGCCCUCCACUACGGCGCCUCUCAUAAUCAUAUUGUGGUUUUGGGAUGUUGAACCCCGCCAAUUAUUAUCAUUAUUAUGAAGAAAUGCCUCUCAAGAACUUGAGCAAACGUGUCAGGGAGGUUACUGUACAUUUGGGGUGAGUGCAAAAAUUUGGAGGUUUGUCAACUCAACAUAUUGUGAAGAAGUUUGGAAUGCAUUAUGCUGCCAACCACUGAAGUGUUAAAUUAUCAACCUCUGUGUUUUGUAUAUUGUACAUACUUUUGCUUUCACUGCUUCAUGUGGUUAACACAGUGGCAUGAUGUUGAAUUUAAUUAUUGACAUUUGGAUCGUAAGUUCAACCCUUUAUUUAAGCAAGAAUUGUAGAAGUUGUGAGUAACCUGCAUGUACUAUGUGUGUUUGGGUAAUUGUUAACAAAUCUGCACAAUUUUAUGUUUUACAAAUGUUUUUUAAACACUUUCACUCAUGUUAUGACUGUAAUUAUGUAAUGGCCACAUCUCCCAGCUUUCCACAAAAUAGCUCCCACUACUAUACAAUCAGAUUUUCCCCAGGUUAAAGCUGAAUUUUCUAACAUGAAGAUAUUAGGAAUGCCAUGUUUCUGUGUAGCUCGUCUACACCGAUAUGUAGCCGCUGGCCAUGUCAAGGGGAGCUUCUGGCUAUGCCACUGAUGGAGCCCUCCCACCCUAACAUUUCAAACAUUCUUUAUAUAUAUAUAUAUACAUGCCUGCAUACAAGCAUGUCCACAGACAUAAACAUACAUAAGGGGGGUCGACCUCCCCCUCCUGAAAUAAAUGUCUGGCUACACGUCUGAUAUAUAGUCGUGCAGUCAUUCCUGCCUUCUGUAUGUGUUGGGAUUAUUUACCCAAUGCCCUGCGCGUUACCCUGUGGUCACUUCAGUUUGCAAAGGUACGUUAACUCUUAACGAUUAGCUUAGAAAAAAAAAACACAUUUUUAGAUAUCUUAUAGCUGUAUAAGACCUCAGUAUAACGAAGUAGUGCCUGUUGGAAAUGCUCUGUUAUGUCACAAGCUUGGUUACAUUGCACUUUUGGUAUUUGAGCUGCAUCAAUGAUGUUGCACAUUCAUAAAUUUUUAAAAACCAGCUCAAAAUAUUCACACAGAAUAUUCAAAAUAUUCCUUUGGGAGUUGUCUAAGUGAUGUGUAAACAUUGCGUUUUAUUGUAGGUUGUCACUGGAACGCUUUUCGAGCAGUAUCGGCAUAGUGUCUUUCGUCUUCUCUAGCACUCAUCAGCAUUUCAAUUUCUUCCUAGCACUCGUGCGCGUGGAUGCUGUUUUGCUAGCAUCCAGUUUUGAGACCCAGUGUCAGCACAGCAUUUGGGAGGCUUCAUCUGUGGACCACUGGUCAUUUUCAUAGGCACGGUACCUCUCUACAGUACAUUUUACACAUAUAUCAUAUAG